AUGGCGCACCUUUGCGCGUGUCCUCUGCGGCGGGAGAAGGGGUUCAUUCUGGAUGGGGUGGCGGUGAGCACCAUGGCCCGCUCCUACGAGCACCUGAGGCCCAAGCUCUGGUCGGCGAUUCCGCCCUACAAUGCGCAGCAGGACUACCACUCCCGCCGGUACUUCCGGAGCCGCGUGGUUCCGCCCAUCCUGCGGAAGACUGAUCAGGAUCACGGUGGUACAGGAAGGGAUGGCUGGAUAGUGGAUUAUUUCCACAUCUUCGGGCAAGGACAGAGAUACCUCAACCGGAGAAACUGGGCAGGGGCAGGGCAUUCUCUCCAGCAAGUGACCGGGCAUGACCACUAUAAUACCAAUCUGAAAGCAACCCAGGGGUUCAAUGGUCGGUUUGGCUAUCGCCGGAACACCCCAGCCCUUCGCCACUGCCCAUCUGUCUUUGGAGAGAUCACCCAGUUCCCUCUCUUUUAA